AUGUACUGUUUUUUUCUAAUCCUAGCUUCAUUGCUAUUUACAAAUACUUAUUCCUUUAUACUAACUGAUUUAUGCCCUAAUGUAUCAUGUAAUUGUACGCUAGCUGAUUAUCAAGAUUUAACUAUUCUUUGUGAUCCAACAGUGAAUCUUACUGAACUUCCUACACUUAACAAUAGUACACUCCAACAUAAUGUUACUCAGCUACGUUUGGCCUCAUCAACCAAUGGUAUUCGUGGUCAUCUGAUAGAAUUUCCAUCAAAUAUUUCAGUAUCGUAUCCAAAGAUUGCCAUUCUUGAUCUUUCGUUCAAUAUGAUUCGAGGCCUGUUGAAUACAUCGAAACUGGCCGGUCUCGGUUCGAAUCUUCUGAUAAUUGAUCUGUCGGACAAUUUUAUCACUGAUAUAACAAUGAAUUUCUUCCAAGCCAAUGGAAUGUUACAAUCGAUUAAUCUGUCGAAGAAUAACUUGACGCGAAUGCCGUCGAUCAAUAGUGCAACCUUUGUCGCUUUUCCGUCGGAACUGAUAAAUAUGAAUUUUAGCUCGAAUCAGAUCACUAAUCUCGAUCUUUGGCCACUAUUUGUUAAAACCGGAAAGACAAUGGUCAUUGAUUUAAGUCAUAAUUUGAUUGCAAAUUAUACGAAUCAAAUUCCUAUAUCUCUUCAACAGUUCACUGAAACGCCCGAUCCACGUUUUCUCUACGUAAAUGACAAUCAAUUGGAGCGUUUAUCUGAUGUUUUACUUGAACAGUACGGUGCCUGUUCUACCUCGACAAACUCUAACAGUGUCGCCUUCUUCGUUGUUGGCAUCUCAAAUAUGUUAUUAACAAAUAAUCCUCUAAUAUGUGAUUGUGAAUCAUAUUAUCUAGUUUCAUACAUUCAAGACAAUAUCAAUGAUUUCCCUCAAAUGUUAAAUCGAUCUGCAUUGAUAACCCAAGCCAAAUGUACAUCGCCUUCAUCUAUGAAUGGGCAAAUAUAUCUAUUUUCAAACAUCACAGAAACUAACUUUUGCGCAAAUUAUCGUCUACCAAAUCUGACUGAUAUUUUCUGUUCGGUUUAUCCAAAUGACACACUGCAUACUCUAGCACCACCAUCGUAUUGGUCAUCUACAUCAACAGCAGUCACACUACAAACAACAGUCGCCAAUGGUACAAUGACUAUUUCAACAAGUGGGUCCGGUGGUUCGAUUAACGGAACGAAUGACACAUCAAAGUCAAGCUCGCCCUCAUGGUACAUUAUACUAGGCAUUGUGCUAGGUCUUCUCUUGAUAAUCAUUUUAAUCGUUCUUGGUAUUAUUCUAUGUAAAGAUCGGUUAUUACCGGCCAAAUGUCGUUCAUUGUUAAGAAAUGAAUUUCCGAAUACAAACAAUUCUUAUGCAACGAUUAUUCAUGAAAGGCAGAUGUCAUCACACGCAUUGCCAUCGAACAUCAAUCACGGAAAUAACCAUACAAUGCGGGCAAAUCAUACAUUGUCCAACAGUUUUCCUCCUUGGCUAGAUCAAAACUAUCCUGAACAAGAAACUCAAACCAGUGUACAAAUUCUUCGUUCUAAAUCAUCGACUGGAACAAAACGUCCUUCACAAAGAACUAUCCUGCCAACCUCUUCCUCAAAAGUUCAAGUAUCAUCAACACAGUCGACUUCUAUACCUACGGGUACGAAGAAUAUCGUCAAAGGUAUUCCACUUGCGGCUAUUCAAUCCAGAUCGAAUCCUGAUACAUUCGAAUUAAAUAUGUCAUCCGUUCCUGUAACACCGUCCAAACGAGCCACGUUUUUGCCUCAAGUGAAAAGCGGUAUCUAUACUGAUUCGAAAACUCACAAUUUACUGAAUACGUCUGCUGGAGCUCUAGCGACAAAUGAGCGACAACGUCGUCGAAGUACGAUGUGGUUACGGAAACAAUAUCAAAAUCAAACAACAACAUCGUACACUCGAGCACAAUCGAUGACAGCACGAAAGAGUAGUUUCAAUGAAGAGAACUCCUCCGAUGAAGAAGAAAUUUCCAUUCCGACAAUAGAAAGCUCUACUGACAAAUCACUGAAGUCUAUGCAUGCUUUACCGAUAAUCAAUAUUUCUGGUCUUCCCUCUUGGGUCGAUGAUGAUAUUGAUCAACAGAAAUAA